AUGCCUGAGCAAGUGAAAGCACCGAAGAAGGGUUCUAAGAAAGCCGUGUCCAAGGCAACCAAGAGCGGCAAGAAGAGAAAGAGGACCAGGAAGGAGAGCUACGCCAUCUACGUCUACAAGGUUUUGAAACAGGUCCACCCCGACACCGGGAUCUCUUCUAAGGCCAUGGGUAUCAUGAACUCCUUCGUCGGUGACAUCUUCGAGCGUAUCGCCGGGGAGGCAUCCCGUCUGGCCCACUACAACAAGCGCUCGACGAUCACCUCCAGGGAGAUCCAGACCGCCGUCCGUCUGCUGCUUCCCGGAGAGCUGGCCAAGCACGCCGUGUCCGAGGGCACCAAGGCGGUGACCAAGUACACCAGCUCUAAGUAA